AUGCUUUUUUUCUGUUAGGAAAGACAUGACAAGUUGUUGUUGUGCAUGGUCACUAUUGAACUUCCCUUUAAUUUAGUCAUUAGUGAGUAAUAGGUUUUUGAACAUAUAGCCUAGGCUAUAGAGAACAACAUGUGCCUAUGAAUGAUGAAUGGUGUAGCCUAGAGUUAGAAAGUAGAGAUAGGUAGAUUACAUAGCCUACUGAUUAGACCGGUCAGGAUAGUCUUGUGUUAGUGGAGUUUGUUUGCUGAGCGCUUUAUGUCCGAAGGAGGGCAGCAGUUCGCCUGAGCCGCAAAUGACAAAAGAGAAAAAGAGAAAACACUCCGAUGAAGAAGGAAGAGGAGGAGUAGCAUACAUAUGGGAGUUAGCCUAUGGUAGGGCAGCAUGAUAGUCUGCCAAACUUAUAGAGGAAGAAGUUUCAACAUAAAAACAAACCUGUUCACUACUGGUAAUUUUGGGAAAUUAUGCACUUUGGAAACAGCUCUAAUCAGUCAUUAACGAGUAUUGCUGGCGCAAAACUAAAAGCAGGUUAGUAACUCAGCCAGCAGACAAAAUAAAGUUAGAGGAUUAACGUAACCUCACUGUAUUCCGGACACGUUCGACGCAAAGCUUUUCACAUUUCAUCCAGUGGGAAGCCUGACGACAGACGUUACUAUGUUGGGCAAGGUGCUCCUGAGCAGAGGCAUCACUGCCCACCGCAUCACUAAGAAUGUAACUUUCUACAUGAAUCAAUCGGCAUCUCCAGUCUCAAGAGGUCAGACCAAAGCCUGUGAAGACCAUACACCCCUUAUGCUGAUGCUGCCGUGGUUGGGUUCGCGUCCUCAAGCUGUGGCCAAAUAUUGUGAAAUCUACUUCCGCACUGGCUUUGAUGUACUUGUAGUGGAGAGUGAGGUGCAAGAGUUCCUGUGGCCUCGCUGGGGUCUGGAUAAUGGCAAGAGGUUACUAGAGUUGCUCCAGAGUGAACGCUUUGUGUCCCGCCCGCUGCUUGUCCAUGCCUUCUCUAUCGGUGGCUACACAUUUGCUCAGCUGCUGGUACAUGUGUCCCAGGACACACAGAAAUAUCAGGCGCUCACACAGAGGAUCAAAGGCCAAGUCUAUGAUAGCCUGGUGGUGGGCUCUGUGGAGACUAUGGCCAUAGGUCUAGCUAAGACUGUAUUUCCACGUUGGGAGACACUGGUAAAACAAGUAAGCCAGUUAUACUUUGGUAUGUUCAGACGCCAGACGGUGGACUACUAUAACAAAGGCAUUGAUGCGUUUUUGAACACUCCCAUCACCGCUCCUGCACUGUUCUUCUUUUGCGAGAACGAUGCAUUGUGCAACCCACAAGCAAUGGAGGAGGUGCUUGAUCACUGGCAGAAACGUGGGAUUGACAUCACAGCAAAGAAGUGGGAGGACUCAACACAUGCAGGCCACCUUAAGAGGCACCAACAAGAGUAUCUGACCACCCUACACAUGUUCCUCCACUCACUUCACUUCGCCCCGCUAAAGGCCAAGAUGUAAGAUUAUUUUAUUUCAACACAAUGCCAUAUUAGCUUGACUUUGCUUGUUUUCUGUUUUUGGUGAAAGACAUUAAUUUAAUGUAUACAUUAAUUACAGUACUUUGUGUAGGUGGAGUAACAAUACAGUCGGCUCACAAUCAUGUUCAAUUUAAUUCACAAAAUGGGCUGCUUGUGUGACAUACUCAGGAUGAAUUUAAUCAUGUUUAUUGGUGUAAUUUGGAUUAAGAUUUAUGGAUCUUUCUUUCCUUUUGUGCUGUAAAAAGAUUUGAAGCUGCAGGGUUUCAAGUUAGCAUGCAUCUGGGGCUAACAUCUGUGACCUCUGGGGCUUUGCACAACUAACAGCGGCCCUUUAGCACUGGGUCCAAAGCGCCUUAACACCUUGCUGAAUUUUAAUGUUCAUGAAGAAGUGCUGCAGUAAAUGCACAUAUUAUUUUUGCAAUUCUACAGUUAAAUGAAUAUUGAAUGCAUAAUGUUUUCUCGAUAAAAUAUCAGAAAAUAGUGGAAAAUGUCUUGUUUCCCCACAUCCCCACAGUGGUCUUUUUUUUUGUCUGAAUAGUAAAAAUUCCAAAGAUUUUCCGUUUACCUUCAUGUAUCAUCAAAACAAUCAUCAAAUCCUCACAUCUGAGAAGCUGGAACCAACAAAUAUUUGUCUUUGUUUUCUUAAAUGACUAAAACGAAUGAUUGAUUAAUCAAUUAUCAGAAUAGUUGUUGAUUCAUUUUACCUCGAGCGACUAAUCAGCUAAUCAUUGCAGCUCUGUCAGUAAUAGACUCUUAAAACAAUAAAUACAAUCUUAAAAUAAUAACCUCUUUACCUUCUCUUCGUAAAACCAAACUAAAUAAUAAAAAAGAGCUACAUAAGAAAGUCCUUGGCCCCAAACCACAAUUUCUAAGCAAAUGUCUUAAAUGCUAUUUGAGAGAUGAAACGAAUGCAACCAAAGCCAGUGGAAAGAUGUGAACAGAGGUAGCCACGCGCACAUUUGUUCUAGGCAUCACGAACUAAGGCAUCACAAUUUUAUUUACCUAGCACCUUUCAUUACAGAUAAACUCAAUGUUCUUUGCGUUAAAGAACCUACAGCAACAGUAUGUUGACAUGGUAAUAGAUGAUAUAACUAAAAACAAAUGUGUAAAAAUAUUUUGUUGAGUGAAAAUUUUACAGUUUUUCUCUGAGUUGUAUGACUCCAUGAAUGUAUAGAAACAAAUACAACUUGAGUUUCUGGUAAUCUUGGGAAUCAGUCUGUCUAAGUUCGGACACACAGAGCCUCGUCUAAGCAAACUCUAGUCAUCCAUUGACUGCUUGUAGCCGAAAUAUAUUCAGAAAAACAACGCUACAGCGGUCAAAUUGAGAGUUUGAAAGUAAGAAUACAGAUGCCCCAACUUGUUCAAAGGCGCUCCACUCCAAAUCUGUAUUUGUAUAAUUUUUUUUGCAUGGACAAUUGCUAAGAUUAAGUUAAUACUGAGAUCCAGCAAUAUCCUCUUAAUCAGCUCCAUGAUGUUAAUUGUAGACAAUGGUAAAGAAGGAAUGUACAUGUGCUGUUUCUUUGGGUGUGUCUUUCCUGGAAAAACUCUGUUACUCUGUAUACUCUCUGUGUUGGGGGGAGGCGGGAGGGGGGUGUAUGUAUGUUGACAAGGGGUGCUGGUUGGUUGAAGCCAGGUACACACAACACUAUAGAUCAUAUGACAACAGUCAGAAAGGAGAUUUGUUACCUACUCUUCAGUACCCAUAAUUUAGAUUGUGAAGCAAGUAUUUCCAGAAGCUGUUGUGCAUGCACUGUUUUCUACUUUCUUUAAACCAAACAAUAAUUUGUAUCACCACACAACAUUUCACAUUUAAACAAACAACUCCAGGUACUUGAUUUUUUUAAUUGGUUUACCACUGAUUAAAGAAUGUCUUCUUCCUCAAGAAUUGCCAGGUUGGUGUUCCUGGACAGUGCUGAACAAAACACCAAAAGAUAAGGCACCGUAAUAUCUAAAUAACACACCCAUAUGGCCUAUUGAGACAGAGAUGGCAUAAUGAACCUCAGUGGUAAACCUGUAUUAAUUAUGGUGCUUUCACAAACCGUAAGUAACAAUUUAGACUUGUUUAAGCGUUUUACAAUUGAUUGAAUGGUCUGUUGAAGGUUGUUGUUGAACAUAUGCCUCUCAUGUUGUAAAGCUUUAUGUCCCAUAACUUGAACUUUUAUACAUUUCUGAUUUGUGCAAUAAAAUCUCUAACACUAACUCUA